AUGGGGAGAGCUCCGUGCUGCGACAAGGCGAGCGUGAAGAAGGGCCCAUGGUCACCGGAGGAGGACGCCACACUCAAGUCCUACAUCGAGCAGAACGGCACCGGCGGCAACUGGAUCGCGCUGCCACAGAAGAUUGACGAGGAGGACAGGAUCAUCCUCAGCCUCUACAUCAGCAUAGGCAGCAGGUGGUCGAUAAUAGCUGCACAGCUGCCGGGGAGGACGGACAAUGACAUCAAGAACUACUGGAACACAAGGCUCAAGAAGAAGCUCUUCGGCAAACAGUCGCGCAAGGACCAGAGGCAGCACCAGUUCGCACGCCAGGCAACGAACAGCGGGCAUAAGGAAGAAGCCAGCGAGGGCGCAGCCGGGAACAAUGGCUUUGCUGCUGGUGCUUACAAUUGGCACCAGCAUGCAAUGGCCAUGCCGUCCCGUCCGAUGCCAGGUUCAAUGGUGGAAGGCAAUCGUAUCGGAGAAGGCGUGGAUGAGUCCAUCCGGAAGCUUCUGUUCAAGCUAGGAGGAAGCUCUUUCGCUGCCCUGCAAGCCCCGCCGUGCCUUCCUCCACCAAUGUAUGGGGAAGCUCCAAACUUCGUGGCGCCAUCGGUGCACACGGCCCCGCUAAACGAAGGUGGCAUCCACUGUUCCGGCGUGCUGCCUGCACUGGAGCUGGACGAGAGCUUCCAAUUCAACCAGGUCAAGCUGGACGGGCUGGAAUGCUUCUUCGGCAUGGGGGACCAGAGCAUGAGGUGGAAUGAAGAGUGUGACUGGCGGCAGUUGAGGCGCAGCGCUGCUGAACAGGUCAGGCAUUUGGGUACUCAGUCUGAGGUGUGUGUGCUGGGUGUGGAGGAACUGAAGGCGAUGGAUGAGAAGUAUCGGGUGUUGUUUGAUGCAAUUAACAAGCAAGCAGGGAACUCAAGAUCAGAAGUGGAGAUAAAAGAAGAGGUGGGUCCCCCAUGUCAAUUUGACUAG